GGAUAUGUAAUGGUAAUGACUGGAGGUGGGGGUUCAAAUACAGCUGUGCUUAGUCAAACUUUCGCGCAGGACGUGCCUGUGUCAGGGGUGAGCACCGUUAUCUCUCGUCAGCUGCCUCCUCAAUGGGCGGUAACUUUACCGGGAACUCAAGUGGCUGCAGUUGCAAUUAAGGAACCACGCCUGUUGCGCUCUAAUUUCUCUGAAUUGCAGUACUUAUACUACCAUUCCCUGGAGCUCAAGCUGUCUCUGGAGCCGCCCGACCAGUCAACUUCAUAUCCAUUGGAUGUUUUUUUUUUUUUAGUCUUUGUUAUUUUAUUAUCGCGAGACCGUGCAUUACGAACCUACGGGGCCGAUCCUGACCACUGCUUUCGGGCUGGGAGGUAAUAGUCCGAUCGCACUUAUUUUGUCCGGGUCCUCGCGCAGUAACAGCAAUGGAGUACCUCAAGUUUUGUUUUGUGUUUUCAUGCUGGGUGAAGUUUGCAAAUUGUGUCUUGUCUACUGAUACACCUCAAGCUCCUACACCUAUUCCUAAAGAAAAAUUGCUCGUCCUUACUGUUGCCACCGAGGAAACAGAUGGCUUCCUACGCUUUAUGCAGUCUGCAAACUAUUUCAAGUACACUGUUAAGGUGUUGGGAAUGGGAGAAGCGUGGAAGGGUGGUGACGUGGGUCGCUCUAUCGGUGGAGGGCAAAAAGUCAGACUACUGAAGGAGGCCAUGGAGGCUCUGGCUGACCAGGAAGAUCUUGUUGUCCUUUCCGUGGAUAGCUAUGAUCUUAUCUUUGCUGGGGGACCAGAGGAGAUUCUCAGGAAGUUCCAGCAAGCCAAUCACAAAGUAAUUUUUGCUGCAGAGGGACUGAUAUGGCCAGAUAAACGACUCGCUGACAAGUACCCCUCAAUCCGCAGUGGCAAGCGCUACCUCAACUCUGGAGGUAUAAUCGGCUACGCCCCAUACGUAAACAGAAUUGUUUCACAGUGGAACCUCCAUGACAACGAUGAUGACCAGCUUUUCUACACAAAAAUAUACGUGGAUCCUUUACAGCGACAAACUCUCAAUAUGACUUUGGACCACAAGUGCCAGAUUUUCCAGAACCUAAAUGGGGCUGUUGAUGAAGUGCUUCUCAAGUUUGGCACAGACCGCGUAAGAGUUAGAAACACAGUGUACGACUCCCUGCCAGUGGUUGUCCAUGGCAACGGAAACACCAAAAUGUACUUGAACUACUUGGCCAACUAUGUCCCUGAUACAUGGAACUACGAACGUGGCUGUAAACACUGUGAUGACGACGUUCUGGACUUGUCUCAGUUAAAGGAGCACCCUAAUGUGUUGGUUGGAGUAUUCAUCGAGCAGCCAACUCCAUUCCUUCCCGAAUUCUUCCAGCGGCUGCUCACCCUGGAUUAUCCCAAAGAUAAACUCAAAGUUUUCAUCCACAACAAUGAGGUUUACCACGAGAAGCACAUCCAGAAGUUCUGGGAAGAGAACAGGAAUGUGUUCAGCAGUUUCAAGGUUGUGGGACCAGAAGAAAAUCUGAGCCAAGGAGAGGCCAGAAACAUGGGCAUGGACCUUUGCCGUAAGGAUGCCACGUGCGACUACUACUUCAGCAUUGAUUCAGAUGUGAUGCUCACCAACAGUCAGACGCUGAAGCUCCUCAUUGAGCAGAACAGAAAAAUAAUUGGUCCCCUUGUCACUCGUCACGGCAAGCUGUGGUCCAACUUCUGGGGAGCCUUGAGUCUGGAUGGUUAUUACGCUCGCUCAGAAGAUUAUGUCGACAUUGUGCAGAGAAAACGUGUGGGUGUGUGGAACAUUCCUUUCAUGGCACAUGUAUACCUUGUGAAGGGCAGUGUUUUGAGGAAUGAGCUGAAAGAGAGGAACUACUUUGUGCUGGAGAAACUAGACCCAGAUAUGGCUUUUUGUAGAAAUGCCAGAGAAAUGACCAGUCACAGAGAAAAAGACUCCCCCUCUCCGGAAUCAUUCCAUAUGCUCAGGCCCCCAAAGGGAGUCUUCAUGUACAUAACAAACCGUCACGACUUUGGGAGGCUCAUUUCCACAGCCAAUUAUAACAUUUCUCAUUAUAACAAUGACUUGUGGCAGAUAUUUGAAAACCCUGUGGACUGGAAGGAGAAGUACAUCCACCAAAACUACACUCGAAUUUUCACUGAGAACUACUUGGAGGAGCCUUGCCCAGAUGUAUUCUGGUUCCCAGUCUUUUCUGAGAAGGCCUGUGACGAAAUAGUUGAGGAGAUGGAGAACUACGGUUCAUGGUCUGGAGGCAAACAUGAGGACAAGCGGAUCGCCGGCGGCUAUGAGACGGUGCCGACGGACGACAUUCAUAUGAAGCAAAUCGGCUAUGACAAAGAGUGGCUACACUUCAUUCGAGAGUUCAUCUCGCCUGUCACGUUAAAAGUUUUCUCUGGCUACUACACAAAGGGUUACGCUGUAAUGAACUUUGUGGUAAAAUACACGCCUGAGAGGCAAGCGUACUUGAGACCCCAUCACGACUCCUCCACCUUCACCAUCAACAUCGCCCUUAAUAACAAAGAAAAGGACUUUCAGGGUGGAGGUUGCCGUUUUCAUAGGUACAACUGCUCCAUAGAUUCACCGAGGAAAGGUUGGAGCUUCAUGCACCCAGGACGACUGACUCACCUCCACGAAGGCCUGCCCACCACCAACGGCACCCGCUACAUUGCAGUGUCCUUCAUCGACCCUUGAACUAUCGGAUUUUACCGUAAAUUAGUCUUUUGGCCAUGCUUUGCGUUUUUUUCGUCCUGUUUGUUUUGUUCUGUCAUUUGACGUUGUGUGUCCCAAAUGUUUUUGCUGAUGCAGUUAUAUUUCAAAGCAAAAGCUUUAAAAGAAUAAAUAACUGCAUUAAAGGAAUCUCUGUCAAACAGAGUGUAAAGUGGAAAUGAAAGUGUCAAAAUUCACACAAUAGAUACGGAAAAAGGAACCAGGUAACACAAGGAAGCAGGGAACACAAUGUGCUGCACUCGCAUUUCCAUUGAAACCAUUUUUUUGUCAUUUACAAGCAACUUUCUACUACUAAUAACUGUACUGUAGCCUGUCAUGGCUUUCACAAUACUGGUUUAACGACGAUAAGGUAGCUGGCAUUUGCACACACUGGUAGAUUUGCUAGCGGUUAGCUGAACCAUGCUAGCUUGCAUAUGCCCUUUAUGUCUCUGUCUGUGUUUCAGGUAAAAUGUCAGAUAUUUUUAAUACUACAAAGACUUCUCACUGUUUAAAAAAACUAUUCCUGGUGUCAAAACAGUCAAUGUGGUGGAGUGUGUUUUCUACCCUGAUAUGGUUCAUAUUCCAUCUGUGAUUUUAAUUGAAGUUUUUUACAUGCCCAGUGAAAAAGAAAUCUAUUUUUAAAUUCCAUUUGUGAUUGUAAUUAAAUUAAAGUUUGACAAAGAAUUCUAUUUUUGGAAUUUUUCACACCAGAAAACAAGACAGCAGGAUACAACAUGAAUUUUGUUCGAAUGAAGUUCAAUAUUCUGUUUUACUUGAAAGGUUUUUCUCCCUUCUUUUUUUGGCAAAUUGGUAACAUUCGUUUGCUUUUCUGAAGAUAUUUUUCUGCAAUAUUUUUCUGAGAGAUUUGUGUGAAUGGAUUUUGAAACUCAGCAAGUUGUUUAACUUAUUGUCAGAAUUUAAUAAAAGUCUUUAUAAAAAAUGAAA